UAUAUUUUGAUUUUCUAAAACACUUUUUUUGGUUAUUACACGAUUAUAACACGAUGUGUUAUUUCAUAGUUCUGAUGUCUUCACUAUUAUUCUACAAUGUAGAAAACAGUAAAAAUAAAGAACCUUUGAAUGAGUAGGUGUCCAAACUUUUGACUGGUACUGUAUAUACUUUAUUUAUUUAUUCUCAAAAGUAGUGCACUGGGCCUUUACUAGUCCUGUAGGUAUUUUUUAAAAAUCCCCAGUUCAGAAAGUCCCUCCCUAUUUCAGUCAGGUUUCCUCGGUUUGACAUCUAUUGAAUAUAUGACAUAGAUGUUUGCCUCACAAGUAUGUUUGUGUGAGAGAGAAAAGCGGGGUAGAGUGAUAGGGUAAAAAUUAAGAGGAUACAAUGCCAAGUCAACUGAGUCCUUGAAACUUUUGCAACAGAAGUGGAUGUCAUCUACAGUUAAGCCUGAGACCUGCAGACUUGUGUUAGCUGCCCAAGGUAAUUUCUAGGCUUUAGGUCAACGGGCUAAAACAAUGGUGCCUAAAAUCCUGGAUUAAUCCAGUCAUCACAAAUACAUACUAUCCAAACAAAGCCAGUGCAAAUACUAGACAUCGAAGAUAAAGCAAAACAAAAACAAUGCAGGUCCUUCCACCCUGGAAUCUUGUAAAUGCAAUCGUAUUUGAUGGAAGAUGUAUAGUCUUAUUUAAAGCAAUAGACUACUGCCUCUGCUAGAAGUGGAAUAUUGGUUACACAACUGCCGUGUUGUCCCAGUCUCCAGCUGAUCCCAUUCUGAAUGUUGCGCAUGCGGUUGGUAGAAAUGACGUGCACACUGGUUGGGGAAGUGUGUUCGUGUUUGUGCAGGGAUGUCUUGUUCAAAGAAGCUCAGCUGUUUCGCACAGUAAGCGUAUCAUGGCUGCAACUUCGGCAAUGAUGGGAGUAUUACCGUUCCUGUUAGACCUACUGUCCAUGGUCCCCGCUGGAGCUCAGGUAAUUUGUCUGAGUGACAUGUAUGGCACGAUCAACUCCCCGAACUUUCCAGAACCCUACCCUAAAGAGUCCGAGGUCCGCUGGAACAUAAGCGUUCCCGACGGGUUCCAAAUCAGACUUUACUUCCUGCACUUCGACCUAGAACCCUCCUACCUCUGUGAGUACGACUAUGUCAAGGUGGAGGCUAAUGGAGAGGAGCUGGCAGUGUUCUGUGGGCGCGAGGACAGUGACACAGAGCAGGUCCCAGGAGAGCAGGUCAUCAGCUCCCCUCGGAGCUCCUUCAGUGUCUCCUUCCGGUCCGACUUCUCCAAUGAGGAACGCUUCUUGGGCUUCGAGUCCCACUACAGCGCUGUCGAUGUGGAUGAGUGUAGGGACAGGAACGAUGAAGAUCUGGCCUGUGACCAUUUCUGCCACAACUACAUCGGUGGCUACUACUGCUCCUGUCGCUAUGGCUACCUGCUGCAUUCUGACAACAGGACAUGUCGAGUGGAGUGCAGUGAUAAUGUGUAUACGGAGCGGUCAGGGGUGCUUUCCAGUUCCGACUUCCCCAACCCCUACCCCAAAAGCUCUGACUGCCUGUACCACAUUGAGCUGGAAGAUGGAUUCCUGCUCAGCCUGGAGUUUGAUGACACCUUCGACAUUGAGGACCACCCUGACGUCACCUGUCCCUACGACUAUGUCAAGGAUGGAGAGGAACUGGAGCACUUUCAGAUCGAGUGUCAGAAAGAUGGCUCAUGGAACAGUUUUGUCCCACUUUGUGAAAUGGUGGAUUGUGGGACUCCUGGGGAGGUUGCCAUGGGUGACGUCAUCUUCGAGAGCUCUAGCAACAGCACCCUGUUCGGUUCUAUAAUCCAGUACAUCUGCAAGGAAUCCAUGUACCAGAUUCACCCCAAGAUCAACAGUAUGUACACCUGUGGAGAGAAGGGAGAGUGGACCAACUCAGAACAUGGGACUAAAACUCCUACCUGUUUGCCAGCAUGUGGGGAGCCGUCCCAGCCCUUCCCAGCACAGAUUAAGCGUAUCGUUGGGGGGCGUAGCACUGUGCCAGGUCUCUUCCCCUGGCAGGUCCUCCUCACCGUGGAAGACAUGUCCCGUGUCCCGGAGGACCGCUGGUUCGGGAGCGGUGCCCUGCUCUCUGAGUUUUGGGUCCUCACCGCCGCUCACGUCCUGCGCUCCCAACGCCGCGGCGCCACUGUAGUGCCUGUGGCGCCCGAACACGUCCGAGUCUACCUAGGCCUGCACGACGUCCGUGUCAAGCAAAACGCCACCAACCGCUCUGUGGAACAAGUCAUCCUCCACCCUCACUUCGACCCUCGAAACUACAACAACGACAUCGCCUUGGUCAAGCUGAGUCAGGCGGUGCCAGUGGGGGAGCUGGUGCGGCCCGUCUGCCUGCCCCCUCCCCAGGGCAAAGACAGGCCCCAGAGCCCCCAGCUCAACACCCUGGGCCUGGUGGCCGGCUGGGGCAUCUCCAACCCCAAUGCCUCUGUGGCCGCUGACAUCACCGCGCUCUCCUCUGACCUGGGCAUGGUGUCGGACGUGCUGCAGUAUGUCAAGCUGCCUGUGGUGGCACAGGAGGAGUGUAAGGCCAGCUAUGCAUCACGCUCCAUCAACUACAACAUCACUGACAACAUGUUCUGUGCCGGCUUCUAUGAGGGUGGGCGCGACACGUGCCUGGGGGACAGCGGGGGGGCAUUCGUGAUGGAGGAGCCCGGAAGCGGGCGCUGGGUGGCCCAAGGCCUGGUGUCAUGGGGGGGCCCGGAGGAGUGUGGGAGCCAGAGGGUUUAUGGAGUUUACACCCGGGUGGCCAACUACGCCGAUUGGUUGCAGAGCCAACUGGGGACGGGGCCGUGGUGGUGAGAGGGAAUAAGGGGGCUCAGUUACAUCCCGAUGACAAGCAAUUUCCAUGUCAAACUCGACUUGAAAUCCUUGUGCAUUCUUAUAUGAUGAACUCCAAUGUAUCAUUCCCCUCUGUUCAACCUGUCCCCUAUC